GUGUAAGAUAUUCCGGUAAAAACUUCCGGUUUCUUUGCUUGAGGAGACACCAUCAUCGCUGACAAUACAACAUGGCAACUUACAAAGGUGCAGCAUCUGAGGCAGGGCGAGCUCAGAUUCUCAUGAAGAAAAGACAGAAGGAGCAAGAUGAAAUAGAAGCAAAGAAGAAAAAGAUUGAAGAGGAAUUAAAAAUUGGAAGCAUAAACAACAAAUUUGCUGCCCAUUAUGAUGCUGUAGAGCAGACCCUUAAGUCCAACACUAUUGGUCUGGUGACGCUGGACGAGAUGCGAGCCAAACAGGAGAGCGUGGUGAAAGAGAGGGAGAAACAACUGGCAAAGAAGAAUGCAGAGGCGCGAGUCAUAGAACAGCAGAAGGAGGACAAGAAACGGAAGGAACAAAGAAAAAUAACCAUGUUGUCAUUCGACCCAGAGGAAGACCAGGAGGAAGAUGAGGAGGAGGAAGAAGAAGAAGAAGAAGAGUCUGAUUCUGCUCUGGAGCUCCCGCCAUCAAUAGUUCCCGACAAGGGUGGGAAGAAGAAGAGAUUAGGUAUGAACCCGGAGGUGGACACCAGCUUCCUGCCAGACAGAGACAGAGAUGAGGAGGAAAACAAGAUGAGGGAGCAGCUCCAGCAAGAGUGGGAGGAGAAGCAGGCAAAGAUCAAGAACGAGGAGAUUGACAUCACCUACAGCUACUGGGACGGCUCAGGACAUCGGCGACAGGUCCGCAUGAAGAAGGGCAACAGCAUACAGCAGUUCCUGCAGAAGUGUCUGGAGAACCUGCGACGGGAGUUCAACGACCUCAAGUCCAUCACAGUGGACCAGCUGAUGUACGUCAAGGAGGAUCUCAUCAUACCCCACCACUACCUCUUCUAUGACUUCAUCGUCACAAAGGCACGAGGGAAGAGUGGGGCUUUGUUUAGUUUUGACGUUCAUGAAGAUGUUCGAAUGGUGAGCGAUGCUCGAGUGGAGAAGGAUGAGUCCCAUGCAGGGAAAGUUUGUCUGAGAAGCUGGUAUGAGAGGAACAAGCACAUCUUCCCCGCAAGUCGAUGGGAACCGUACGACCCAGAGAAAAAGUGGGAUUCUUAUUCUAUUUCUGACAAAAAUGCUGCCAAGAUUACAGUGAAGUAGAGAACCAUUUAUCAUACAGAAUUGGCUUCAAUGGGAGAUACCACUUGUGUGAGAUCAGUCGCUACAAUGGAAUUGCAUUACAAUGCUUUGUAGACUAUUAUGACAUCAUGGAUUACCAUGUCACAAUCAAAUGACAUCACUAUUCUCUUUGCCACUGAAGCUGGUAAGCACACUGGUUAUAACUGCUCACAAACUGAAAAAGUUGGAAGAAUGAUUUUGGUAUCAAAUAUAUCAAUACCUGUUAAUAAAAAAUGGAAACUCCUUGGCAAGCCUUUUAUCAACUCGUGUUGAUAUCAUUCAUAUCAAAAGACACAAGGGUAACAUUCUCUGUCACUUGUCCAUCUUAUGCUCAUGAGUACAAUGACUGCUCACAUGUAACCAUGUUUGCAGAUGUUUUACCAUGACUGCGGGAUGUAUGUUCAUACCUGUCUUUUCAGUAAUCUGUAAAAACAGGUUUUCAAUAUCACAUUUAUCAUGCUGAUAUGAAUAUUUAUUGGCUGCUAUACUGCAAAAGUUAAAAGUUACGAAGGAGUGCAAGCAAGACUUGACAUGAUCAGCUAAAGUGAAUUAAUGUGAAUUUCAGUUUCAUGUUAUUCUGCAGUGUGUAUGGUAUAGCAGUUCAUGUUUAGGAACAUUUCAUUGGAAUAUGUGGUUAUCACCUGUCACGGUCGUCAGACACAUGUACAAGUCAAUAUUAAAUAUUGUCUCAUCACAAA